AUGAAAAUGUCCAUUCUUCGAACGAUAGUUUUACAAUUCUCCAAUUAUAAAAAUAAAAAAGAAAAAUCAAAUACUUUAAGUUUUGGUUUUCCUGGUUCGUUCGAUGAUGGAUUUCUUGAUGUUUGGGAUUUGGAAAAAUCAUUCACGGAUGAAAAUGAAGAGUUACCCAUGGGUUUGGGAAAUUUAUUGAAAGGUCCACUACUGGGAAAUUCAAACGGAGGGAAAACCGAAGAGGAAAAAGGAAAUUGUAGCAGACCCCCACUUCGUAGAUUUAAUUCAUUGGCGGAAAAUUACACGUCGUCUCCAGCAUCGAGCAGAGCUAGAGUGGGAUUAUUCCGGGACGAAACGGUAUCGAAACAAUCACCCGGGGAAAAGUUACCCUUUAAAAGACCCAGGGAAAUAGAUUCUAAUUCUUGCAAGAGAAGAAAAUCGAAUUCAUUACACACGAUACCUGAUAAAGUACUUAAAGACGCAUAUAAAUCUAGGUACAAGUUACAAAGAAGCAUAUCCGAAACUGCUGCCUCAUCUUUAGCACUCACGCUUCAUAAAUCUGAUUUAAUAGCAGAUUUUUCACGGCCAUAUGCUUUGCCAUUUGUUUCCGGUCGUCAUGAGGAUUUGAAAAGCAUAACAUCGGAAACUUUAGCAAGUUUAAUUAAUGGAGAAUUUAAUGCCAAAGUCAAUUCAUUUAAAAUAAUAGAUUGCAGGUAUCCUUACGAAUACGAUGGUGGACACAUAAUAGGUUCUAUUAAUUUAUAUACAAAGGAACAAGUGGAAGAAGAAUUUUUUGAUAAUAAGGGACCUCUCGAUGCGGCCGAUCCUUCUUCUUCUUCUUCUUCCGAUGAGAAUGAUGGUUUAAAUGAAAAAAGAAAUAUUUUAAUAUUUCAUUGUGAAUUUUCUCUCGAAAGAGGACCUGCUUUGUAUCGCUUCCUACGUCGAUGCGACAGAAAUCUUAGCAAUUAUCCAUCUCUUCAUUAUCCGGAAGUGUACCUACUUCACGGCGGUUACAAAUCAUUUUUUUCAACGCACAAAUCAUUAUGCGAACCUUGUUUCUAUCAACCCAUGGUUGAUCCCAAACACGAAAACGACCUUAAAAAAUUUCGUGUUAAAUCAAAUUCGUGGAGUGGGGAUAAUAAAAAACAAACGUUUAGGUCUGGACUUAAAAGACUGGGUUUAUUUUAA